GGGAUGAAGUGCACUAUGUAGGCUGCAGGAAGGCUGCAGUCGCGAGCGCCGCAGGGGCUCAGUGCAGAGAGCGGAAGCUGAUUGGGAUGCAGCCGGGUGUGUUUGGGAAUGGGAGGAGUGGAGGUGUGGCUGUGUGCAGCGCACGAGCUUAAAAAUACGUGGUGUGAGAGGUGAGAAGUUUUGAGUGCAAAGAAAGAGAGAAAGAGAGAAAAAGAGAGAGAGAGCGCAGAAGUAAGUACACCCCUGCUUGGACGGAAGGAAGGAAGGAAGACAGGAACAUGCCGUCGUACGCCUUUAAUCAGUUUAUCGACAGAGAUGACAUUUUGUGCAAGCAACUUUUAAAAUUAGACAUGUGUGAGCUGCCAAAGACUUCUUCACCUCCUUCAUCAGCUGUUGGCUAUCAAAAGCCCGGAUCAGUCACCUCUAACCACUGGGCACAAACCAAAGAAAUCUCUCUGCCAUCGCGGUGGAACAGGAUGGGCUUCUGGUCGGAGCGUGCCGUCAGUAUGGUGGAGGGUGACACGGGAGGUCUGGGCUGGGCAUCUGACAAGCCCGGGUCCAUGCUGAGCACUACAUCUUUCACCAGCUCCACGUCCUCGCUGUCUUCCAGCACCACUUCUUCACGUUACAAGACUGAACUGUGUCGCACCUUCACAGAAAGAGGCACGUGCAAAUACGGAAGCAAGUGCCAGUUCGCCCACGGACACGAGGAGCUACGCGGCAUCAACCGCCACCCCAAGUACAAGACUGAACCGUGUCGCACGUUCCAUUCAAUCGGGUUCUGCCCGUACGGCAUCCGCUGCCACUUUGUGCACAACAACGAUGACGAUGCCCACCUCCGCCCUCAACAGCCGUCUGUUCCCACAGCUACCCAGCGUCCUCCCCUCCUAAAACACAGCUUUAGCUUCGCUGGCUUUCCUUCCAACCCUCCACCUCUCGAUCCUCCCUUUUCUCAGUCGUCCUUCCUCGGCAUGCCGUCUGCCUCGCCACCUUCCUCGGGCACCAUCUCUGACCUCCUGGCCAUGGCAUUCCCAGAGUUCCUACCCUCACACGACUCCGGCUGCUCCAGCGGCGAGCCGACUCCUACCGCCUCGCCCUCUCAGAUGGCGCCUGGUGCACCUGACCGGAGUUUCAGCCUGUCACUGGGCCCGCGGAGUCUGUCGCUCACAUCGCUCUCGGACCACGAGGGACGUUGCAGCAGCUCGGCCAGCAGUCUGAGUGGCUCUGACGUGUCUUCGGCUCACGACAGCGCUGCCAAGAGGCUGCCAAUCUUCAGUCAGCUGUCUGUGCCUGAUGGUUUCUGCAGUGAAGGCAGUUCAAGUUUCUUCCUUUAGAGCCAGAGUUCUCGUUCUCACACAGCUCCUGACCGUGAUUAAAGAUUUUACUAUCUUUGCCAAAUACUUGAUGUUGUGAAGAAGAAUUGUACAUGCGCCAUACAGAAAGAAGUGGAGGAAUGGUGUUUUUUUUUUUUUAAACUCUUCUCCCUUUUAUGUUAAAAUUGAUGACUUUGAAAAAGAGCGAAGUUGAAUUGUGAGCUUGGACUGAAACACUGUAUGUAAUCAGUAUUUAAAUUGGUUACCGGUUAAAAGGAUGAUAUUUAAAAAAAAAAAAGAAAAAAGCCAAAGAAUUCAUGACUCUUUAACCUUUUUU